GAAAACAUGGCUUCACUCACACCCAAUCAGGCAUGUAUGAAGCUGGCUAAUGAACUGAUUGUGUACCCUCCUUCCCCAAAGGAUUGGGAUUUACGUGGCGCAUAUGACGAUUUGCUCUCGAAGAUUCAGGCUGCUAGCAGGAGUCCCAACAGUCCAUCCAGCGGUAUAACUGCUGCAACGAAGGCUUUGACAACCUAUUUUGCACGUGUAGUGCACCGUCAAUCGAGCCAUGGCUCCAAAAUUUGCACGCUUCUCGCAAACACCACUCGCGAAGUACCCUUUUGGAGACCGCUUUUUGGGCUCCAGUUCCGCCCAGAUGUGGAGCAAAACAGACUACAGAUUGCGGGUGACGCUCAUCCUCGACUCGAGUCCGAAAGCCCUGACUGUGUACUUGAGGUCGCUAGACGAGUCUUGACAAAUCCUUGGAAUGAGCCGUCAAGCCAGCUAUUUCGAUCUGCACUUCGAUUGAUCGCGAAUUGUUGCGCAGACAACAAUUUGAACCGCAGCGUCAUCGUUCGUCGUGGCGGAGUGGAAUUGAUGAUGCACCUUGCGAGAUGGGCAAGAGAGUGCGAUCUCUUACUUCCCACUCUGUUCAACGUCUGCCUCGACUUCGACGAACCUGCUGUUGACGACCACGGAGAGCCCUGGAAACCGUUGGACCAGAUGAGAGCAGAGCCAGAUUCCGAACCUGAUCCUAUCGUCAACGCAGCCGAGCAGAGACUGGGUAUGUGUUGGCCGCCCAGUGAGAGAACGAGCUCGGUUGAGACCCUUCUCGACCUUUCUGACCAUGCAGACGGCUGCUUUUCCACCCUUGCAGAUCUGAUUGAAAUGGCUAGCCGUGUAUCCCUUUACGGAAUUCAGAAUCUUGUUGGCUUACUAGAUGGGACUGAAACCGACGACAAUGUCGAAGCCAGCACCAUCGGUCUCAUCGACGCUCUGCUUACCCAAGGAAGCAAACUUACGCAAAAGGACCCAGAAUGUUGUGCGCCGAUCUGCCAGGCGGUAAUGAAUGUAUUCUCGCAAAGGCCCACCCGCAAAGGCCUCAUCAACGUCAAAAAUGCACUCUGGCAAUUCAUCCACUUACCCUACCUCCCUGCCGGCCCCGACGAAGAAAUUACCGAGAGCUUGCAUCCCUACAAAAACGUGAUUCUAAAGCUUGUUUAUGAAGUCUCUUCAUUAGAAGCAUACGGGAACAAAUUUAACGCCGACACGAAAUUAAUUCAGGAUUGCUGUGCCCUCCUCUCAAAAGGGGUCCCGAAACCCGGACAUUCUCCAAGUCGUCGGCCUGUCUUGCAAGCAUCUGACCAGACCAAGAGUCUAAAGGCACACCCAUACCCAUCGGCACUUGUCCUGCUGUCGAAUUCAAUUAUAUCCACAGAUCGAGCUGCGCGCGUACUAAAAACCCAUCCCCGCUUAGCAUCUCACUUAGCGAGGCUCAUUGCGACGGUGCCUGUUUCUGAACAUGAAAUAUUACAUCCAGCGAUUGAUCUUGCGACCAGACUUGCCUUAUGUCGUGAGGGCCAAGAGCAACUAUAUGACGCAGGUAUAUUGUGUGCAGUGGACAAACUCCUCCAACCAACCAGCGAGGCCAACGCAGCCGGCAUUGAGGUUCAGCGUGAAACGAUUAGUCUGAUUAGGCUGGUGAUCAAGGGAUACGCCGAGUUCCUCCAGGGUUUGACAGCAAUCGACAGCCUCGAGUCAUACAUCGAGCCAGACUCAAAUAUCAACGACGACGACGACGACGACGACGACGACGACGAGGCAAACCCCGUACAAAAUGUGGGACAGGUCCGCCCAAUGACGAGGAUUUUCCACCUCUUCUACCGCACAACAGAUGCAGCCACGAAGAUGGCAAUCGGCCGCCUCGUCAUCGAGAUCCUGCGGACUGCUGCAGCGUCCACGACCCCGGGAGACAGCACAAGUGCGCAGCAGCAGCCCUCUUCUGCGGCGAAUGCCGACGACACAAGGGCUCGAGGACAGUCGGCUCUCGAGUCGCGCCUUAAGGUGAUCUUGGAGCACUUCUCCUCCCCGUUAUCACCACCACGGCAACCGCAGCCGCAACCAGAGAAGUCCACCUCCACCUCUAAGCUCUCCCCAAACCCCGCCCUCCCCAUCGCACACAUCAUAACCCAGACGGCAAGCCAGACUCAAACCCAGCCCGGAGCGGCCGCACAAGAAGCAGAAGCAUGGUUCGGACUGGGCCUCCUAUCGUCAUUUCCAACCUUCCACGGCUGCAUCCUACGCGCUCUGGCAGCGGACAACCAGCGGCUCCUGACGCGCCUGAAGGACAUUGUAGCGGAGCACGGCGUGGGUACUGCCGCAUUGUCGGUAUCUAAUCUGUUGAUCACUGAUCCCGAACCCGAACCCGAAUCAGAGAACUCGGUUGGCGUCAGCUCAGGGCCGGCCCCGCAUCGGCAGCAGCAGCAACAGCAGGACGCACGGUACGCGAAUGUGAAGGUGCUGGUCGUCAGGAUGAUUCAGUCACAGCCACAGCCACAGCCACAGCCACAGCCACAG